GGGUGUUGACCCUUCCAAGAGCAGAACCAGCAGGAUUUAGUUGAGCUCGAGCCCGUUAUCCGUCUGAUUCCUCCGCCGCUGCACCUCUUAGGAAACUCCGCCACGAACGUAUUGUUUAUCGGACCAUCAUGGGUGUCGAAGGCUGUACCAAAUUCAUCAAGUACCUGCUGUUUUUCUGCAACUUCAUCUUCUGGCUUGCAGGAGGCGUAAUCUUGGGUGUGGCUCUUUGGUUGAGACAUGACAAGCAAAUCAGCAGCCUGAUGGAGCUUGAACUGGAUGGGACUGCUCCCCCCAGCUCCUUCUACGUCUGUGUCCACAUUCUGAUUGCAGUCGGAGCUGUGAUGAUGGUGGUUGGUUUCCUCGGGUGUUAUGGAGCCAUUCAGGAAUCCCAGUGUUUGCUGGGAACGUUCUUCGUCUGCCUGGUCAUCCUGUUCGCCUGUGAAGUUGCUGCUGGAAUUUGGGGUUACAUGAACAGAGAAACUGUUUCACAGGAGAUGAAGAAAUUCUAUGACAGUGUCUAUGAUAAUGCCUUGUUGAACGACCUUCAGCAGGAAAAAAAAUCGGCUGUUGCGCACGCGGUCAAGGUCUUCCAUGAGACGCUCAACUGCUGCGGUAAGGGCUUAGGGACCUCCCUUAUAUCGCAGUUGCUAACCGACUCUUGCCCCAAAGGUGUGACAACGAGCUGCCACACAAAGAUCGAUGAACUGUUCUCAGAUAAGAUUUACCUGAUUGGAAUUGCUGCGCUGGUGGUUGCAGUCAUUAUGAUCUUUGAGAUGAUUUUCAGCAUGGUGUUGUGCUGCGGGAUUCGCAACAGCCCCGUGUACUGACGAGACUAAGUGGAAGGGAGGAUAACCUCACAGUCUCCAUCUCUAUUGUUUUUCUUAUAUUACAUGGAAUUAUUACCUAUAGUGCUUGCUGGAUUUAGUCAGCUUUUUAGGAUCAUAUAAAAAAUCCUGAAUGAAAAGAACAACUUUUGUUACACUGUCAAUUAAUUUUGUUAGUCACAGAUGCUGUCAUGUGUAUUCUAUCAGCCCUAUCCUUACAUGAUAUGUAGAUUUUUUUAUCACUCAUUGGUUACACUCACCAGUCGAGGUUCUGUAAAUCUUCAGUGGUUGGAUUUUACUGCCUUUUUACCUAUGAUCUGCUUAUACAUUCUUGGUUUAAUGAAUUUGUUUCACUGUUUUAUGUAUAAACUGUAUAUAAGUAUAUAUUGACAGUGCUUCGUCUGCCUGAGCAUGGAUAUUGUAUCACAUGAAAUCUUUAUCCAGUAUUUUCUCUGUAUUAAUCUCUGCUUGUCUUGCUUUAGGCUGAAUCAGUAACGGGUGUAUGUGACCGGCACUAGUGAAGUGACAGGGGGUCGGCCUCACUAACAUAGUAGCAACCCAGAGGGGUGAACAGAUGCACACACACACACAAACAUUUACACAUCAUUGAAGCCCCAUGUCCUUGUAGUUAUGUGAUGUCUGCAUGAAUCUAGUGGAUCUCAGAAACUGGUACCAAAGUCAGUGAUCAGGAAUGUUUCCAAAUACUACGGUUAGCUUUUCGACUGAAUUCAGAGUCUGUCAGCUGCCUGGGUCAGCUUGAUGGUAGUAGAUUUUGUGACAUUAAGUGAAGACCAGCUGAUAACCAAGACAGCUCUAUAUGACGUUACGCUAAGAGGUCUGUCCCAAUGUUGUAAUUCCGUGAUAGGCCCUGGGUGUUGUCUUUGUGGUGUGUUCAUGUGCUGUAUGGCAGUUGUUCCUACACUGCCAACAUGAGGAGAUGUUAAAGCCUCGUUCACUUUGGAUUGCAACCCUGUUGCGUUUUCCAUGACUUGCUCUGUAGCUUUCAGUGUGAAGACAGUUGCUACGCUCAGUGUUUGCUCUGACAUAACUGUCCCAGACUGCAUCAGGGGCCGUGCUACUUGUUGACGAUACCACCAUUACGUCUGUGCUAGGUUGUUGUCAUGGAUUCACUUUAGUCGUUGCCGUUCUCAGCUUGGAAAAACUCUGUGGAAGCCGCAGGUCAUGGAAACACUGCCACGACGAUGAUUAAACCACCACGACUUCGCUGCAGAAGUUUUGUGCAUGCCCAAAACCAUCGCUGACCUAUCACGAGCGUUCUUACUGUCACUGAAGAUCUCGCCAAGACCUUUUCGAACACCAUCCACUACCUGACAGAUUUUUUUUCCAUCUUAUGAAGUCAUCAUCCAGUGUGAAGUGUGAUGUAGUCAUUAAAACCAGUUUAUAACACUGGUUUGGUGUUUGAUGGUAGAGUUACUGUAGCCUACUUUGAGUUUCUCCUCAUCACCUCUGCUGACAGCUUAUCUGACCUUCACACAGGUUCUCUUUCAUUUCAUCCAUGCUGAAGCAACUGCUGUUUAUUCAUGUGACCAGUUUUCACUUCCUGUUUACUGUCAGUGCCAAAGAAUAUUGAAGGAUGUAUGUCUGGACCUCCCCUCCAAAAAAAAAAGAAAUGUUAAAAGCCUACCAUUGGCAUUUUGUUAUUUUUGUUAUAUUUCAUCUGUAAUGAUUUAUUGUAGUCGUUUUAUACACUCUGAAGGGUGGAGACCUGAAAAACUGAUUGAAACAACUUUUGAUCUGUUCUGAAAACAACCCUGUUAUCUGUUGCUUGUCAAAUCAGUUCCUCACAUCCUUACUUUUUUCAUCUGUUCAUACAUCAAUUCAAGUGAUGAGUUGAGUACAACUGAAAUCAUACAGCAGAAUUGUGUCAAAAUAUAACUCAUAAUGUCAUAAACUCUAUGCAUUCAUCUUUAUAUUUUCCAACAAACUUGGCUGUUUACUCGUCAGCUGUCUGUCGGGUUGAUUCCUGGUAUAUUGGGUUUUUCUGCCUGCAGCAUGACCCAUUCCUUCACCUUGGUUCUGCCACUUGGCCUUUUGCUUUGCAAGGAUAACGUGUCCUUUUCUUUCAAGGAUUAGCGGUUGUCUCACCGUUCAUCAAAAGCCGUUUCUAUGGCGGCAAUGCCAGUAGUCUUUGGUUCCCAAAAGAAAAGCUCCUUUAUCUUCCAAAACGGCAGGGUAGAACCAAAGGAACAAAUUGGAACUGGUCCCAGUCGUAAAAGUAGGCGGAGUCUCUGGCUGUUUUGAGUCUGGGUUUCUUUGUCUAGUGCUGUCCAGUUUUGUCUUAUGUGAUACAGUUCUGACAUUGUGCUGCCCCCAUCUGGCUCCACUGCCUAUCAACCUUCUCCAUUCACCAUUCAUGCACCAUAACUGUUCUCAGUAGAGGCUCAGACAGGACUCACACCCAUCAGUAAUUCUCGUGGCCUUUAUUUAGAACAACUGAAUAUAUUGCACAGCUAUUGCUUUGGCUUGUACAAACACAGAUGGUGCAAGUGUACUUGUACUUGUGUACUUGUGCAUACAUCACAGGGAGCUCAGCAGGAUUUACGUUCCAUGUUUUCUUUUUGGUCCCAAUUUCAGUUCUCCAAAAAUCCAUCUGCCACCUCACACCACUCCAGCGCUUUAACCCCAUCAUUAAAAACCACUCAUCGGAUCACUGAAGCUUUGAAUCCUCUCGUGUAGUCUUAGCCUUUUUCCUCAACCAGUUUAAACCUUGCCUUGUUAACUGCUCACAUGGAAGCUGAGAACCAGUGGAAGUGUGUUGUAUUGUACUAAUGAAGCUAAUGAAAGUUGUAGAGAAACAAUGUAUGCCUUUUUUCUCUUUGUAUUGUGAUAUCUGUGUCCGGUACGUCAAACAAGUCUGGAAAAGGGAGGGAGAUUUAGUGGCAGUGCCAGCUGAGAGCAAGUCAAGCCCUCGUUGCGUUAGUUCUUUUUCUCACAAGAUCAUUCAAAUUGGUGAAAUGGGGUGAAAAAAAUCCAGCAUCURUUACACUGGUGAUGAGAGCACUCCCUGUGUUUCUCUCAGUUGACUGUAUUAACCCUUUCUAUUUGGCAGUUUUCUAUUUUUUAUUAAUUGGCAGCCUUUUCUCAGGACACGCUGCCACAUAAAUCUCAGCCUCUCUUUACCUUUGUAGACAUUGAUUUGCCCAAAAUAUAAAGGGAUUAAAUGUAUUUUACAAAUAA